CGUGACGCCAGCUGAUCAUUCUCGCAUUCUGCCGAGAAGGAAGGUGAGGUGUAGACGUGUCGGACCGUCGGCGAAUGAUGCAUGAGCAGUUCAUCGAUCAUCCAGUGACACAUAGAAAAAGUCAACAUUUGUUUUAAACUUCAGGUCGAAACAUACGAAAUAAGCAAGCCAUGAAUUUCUUUGAUCAACAUCCACACAGUUCAUUUGCCCUCAACAGCCUGAAUGGCGGUUCAGGAUCUGAAUCUUCAGGAAAACACGCGCACCAUGAUUUUUUCCCGGAGACGGCUAAAAAAUCUGGUGAAAUUACAAACAUUUUAGGACCUACAGCAGGAAGCAAAAUGAUUACGUAUCUGCUAGACAGUCCAGCUGCUCAGGCAGUACUAGAAAUGGGAAUUCCAGGUGACAUCAUUAAGCUGGUAGCGACAGCUUACCAGAUGGAGACUGGAAGUGAGUUGAAAAGCGCUCAAGAACUUUAUAAGAUGUCAAGUGAUAUAAAAGAUAGCCCAGAAAAAAUGCAGGAGCUAAUUAGCAAGAUCUCUCUAAGUGAACAGAAAAUAGAUUAUGAGAAGCAGAAGAUAGAAAAUGAGAAGUCCCAGCCAUCUUUCCCUAAAAGUUCUGAGAACCACUCAGAGAUGAUGUUGAAGUUCUCAGAGAAUAGUGGAAAGGUCUUGGCUACAGCACAGCUCAAGCAACAUGUGCGUGCCCUGGCUGUUGAAAAUAAAAAACUGAAGGAAAGGAAGAAAUGUCGGUCCUGCAAGACAGUAGAGCUUACCUCUAGUGGUGUAACAUUUUUGCCCUGUGGUCAUUUCAUAACGUGUGAGGCAUGUGCUGAGAAGCAUGAAAAUUGUCCUGCAUGUAAUCAAACAAUCAUGGGCACAGUUCGCACUUUCUUGGCGUAGACUGAUAAAUUGCCAGACCUUACAGCAGCCCAGGCUGUUCUUACCUGUCGUUGCAUUACCUUGGAACAGAAUUUUUAGUUACAUUUUUUGUCCGAAGAAAGAGUCUUUAUAUAGCACCUAACACUGUUGACCUAUUCCAUGUCUCGAGUAUUUACAGUAUUAUUAUUUACUUAUCUGAAAUCUUUUUUUCCUAAUUCAUAUAAAAGAAAGUACACAUUUGGAAUUCUAAGGUCUUUUUCUUUGAAAUGCAUAUUAUAACAGCUAAGUUUAGAAUUUUGUGGAGUAAAAUUUGUAAAUAUCUGUUAGUUGAUAACAUACUAGCAAUAUGGACUAUUGAUAGAAGAUUAUUGGAACAACAAAGAACAAGGUUCAGAAAACUAGAAUUAUCAGUUUUGAGAUGCAAGGGCCAGUUGUUUCCCUAAAAAAAGUCAAGUUUACAUAAUAAGGUAGUGAGUCUUGUAUAAAGGGAUGAUAGUAGAUGUUAUAAAUGUUGAACCCAUGUCUUUGCUCUAAUUCCAACCUUGCUGGAGUCAGUUGUAUGGAUGCAUGCUAUAUAUGUCGAGAGACCUAUGCUCCAUCCUGCUUCUGUGCUUUGGCAGGGAAGAAAGCCUAGAUUCUGAUCCUAUUUUAGCAGUUGUUUACAUUUUCAUGGUAGCUAUAAUAACAAGGAACAAAAAAAUAGGUUUUAGAAAAGGAACUGGCUUUUCUCAUGCAGAAAUCUAUUGAAUUAUUAUAAAUGUGAUUGUACAACCAGAUGCAUUGAAAAGAAAAGGAUAUGAACAUGUAAGCAGUUUACUUACUGGUGACUGAGGCAUAGGGAGACCUACAAUCUCUGAACUGGUCAGAACUGCUGAUGUUUGAAUUUUCUUUUAGAUGCCAUUUGUCAGUGUGCUGGAGAAGAGCACAAGAUUUUCUGCUAGCCAGGCCUGUUCCUUCUUCAAAUCUAUUGGUCCAUUUUUUAUUUUUUAUGUUCAUAGUCCACAAAGGCAGGUGUAUGGAGAACUAUGCUGAUAUCAUUUGCACUAAGUGCAUAUGAAGAACCAUACUUUAAUAAUAACAUUAUGCCAGGUUCUAGCUAAAAGCUACUUGCACAGGCAUGCAUACACACUUUGAUGGGAACUAAAACUUUUUUUUUCAAACCAAAGAAAUCUAUUCCCCCUUCUCCUACCAUUUAAAUUCAUCAAAUAAAAUGUCUUCCAUAACAGAGGUCAUAAUUUUCUUUCAAAUAAAACUGGGGAUGGUGUAUAAUUCAGUGCACCAAUAUAGUCAUUAUAAAGCCAGUCACCUAUUAGAAUUUAAAAAGUUUGCUUAAAAACCUAUGAAAAACCUUAGAAUUCCAAAUGUGUGCUUUCUUUUAUAGGCAAUAAAAAAAAAAAUAAGCUGGUGUUUUGUUCUUUUUCACCUUUUUAAGAUAGCUGUACGAUUUUCGCCAUAGGAGGUGGCAUAGUUUAUGGUGUGAGUGACCUAAAUAAGAUAAAGAGCAUCUUGAGCACACUGCUCUAAUACACCUGUCCACUUAUUGUCAUAACUUUUGUUUUGAGUGAUUUUGAUAUUCAAGUUUAAGGAUUGAACAAAGUGCUUACUAUUCAGAUGUACAUUUUUGGAACUCAAGAUUCAUGAGUUGAAUGUUACUGCCUGGGAUGACAAAAUCUGAAGAGAGAGGAGUUAAAUCAGAGAUGAAGUAGAAUUCCUCUCUGGUCACAUUUUUUCUCCCAUUUCUUUUUUUCCCCUUAUACCCUUUUCUAUGAACCUUUUCUUUAUAUUGGAUGACACUAUCUUUAUUAUUUCCAAGUCAUUGGGGAGAGCUGUGUAUUUCAGAGCAUAUAUAUUUCCCCUCACCACCUUAAAAAAAAAACCCACUAUAUUCUUAGAAGGGAAAGAUUUAAGGGUCCUGCAGACUUGUUUUUUAAUAUUAAAAACCUACUUGAACUAUUCUCUGACAUGUUUUGUCCAUGCUCCUUUUUUUUCAAAGUCUUCACUCUCCUGUAUGCAUCAAUUGCACCCAAUAGAAGUCCGCUAUUGUUAGCAAUUAACUGUGGAUGCUGUAUAUGCCAUAUGUGCAAACCAAAUGAUGCCUGCAGAAACUGGACAGUAUAUUUUAAGAGAUAAUGUGAGGAUGUUUUCUCAUGCCCGCGAAAUAACUUUUUGCUGCUUGUUGUAAGAUGUUCGUGAUUUCAUGUUUUCUGGUAUGUUCAAUUGGUGCUGGCCAUCAGUUUUCAGUAUAGCUUUACUAAUCAUUUUCCUUUUGUAAAACUUGAAGCAGAAUCCUGGGAGGAUGAGAAAGUACAGAUUAAGGUCUGAUUAUAUAGCUUGUCUUGUGAAUGUUACUACUCUUCCAGCAAUGUCAGAAUAAAGUUUUGUUUCUUGA